UGUCAAUAUGGCAGCAUGCAUAGCUUGAGUAACGGCGUGAAGGUGCUUUUGCUGUGUUGAACACUGAGUUUUCCACCCCCAGGCGGACGCGGACAGAUAGACAGACGACAGUCUGACCGACACGGGCUCUGGGCGCGGAGGGGAAAAGAGAGGAUGUCUAAGAUCUCCAAGGCGGCCAAGGCGGUGAAGAAAGUGGAGGCAGGGAGCCUGAUCCGGGCCAUCGUGAGAUCUGGACAGGCGGCUCCCGGACCGCCCUUGGGUCCCAUCCUUGGUCAGAGAGGGAUCCCAAUCGGAGCGUUCUGCAAAGACUUCAACGAGAAAACCAAAGACCUGAAGGAAGGCAUUCCUCUUCCCAUCAAAAUCGACGUCAAGCCUGACAGGACAUAUGAUUUGAAGAUUGGUCAGCCCACCGUGUCUUACUUCUUAAAACAAGCCGCUGGCAUUGAGAAAGGAGCAAGCAAAACAGGGCAUGAGAUAGCAGGCAUGGUGUCUCUGCGGGCUGUGUACGAGAUAGCACGGGUCAAAGCCCAGGACGAAUGCUUUAAGCUCCGGGACACAUCUCUGCAGAACAUCGUGAAGAGCAUCAUUGGCUCUGCCAGAUCCCUUGGCAUCAAAGUCGUGCACGACCUGUCACCAGAGGACUAUGGAGAGUUUCUCAGAAAUCGAGAGGAGAAAUUGAAAGCAGAGGCAGCUGCCGCGGCCGAGGUGGCGACGGGGAAGAAAAAAUAAAGGAUCGAGUGGACUCAAUCUUUCACGUCUUUUUAUUUAUGCCGCGUACGAACGCCACGAACGCACGUCUGUGCACAAUGCAACUUCACAAACGUUGUGUGUGUGUUAGCUCCCCUUGUUUGUCAUACCUAGUUUUUCUUAAAAAUAAAAUCCAAUUGAUGUUCA